AUGAGGGUUUUUUCUCCUGUACCUUUCAAUGUUCGCGCAAGUGUCAAUGCAUCCACUCUACCUGCAACCAACCACUUGGAUAAACCAAUAUACGUCCCCCCAAAGACAAGGUACAGUAGCGUUUUCCUCCCAGAAUUUCCAACAAAAGAUCUUUGGGGUCCUGAUGCCAUUGAGUUCAAUCCCAACCGCUUCCUCGAUGAACGGUUACACAAGUAUCUUACGCCUAAACCUUUUAUCUUCCUCCCCUUCAACGCCGGCCCCCGCAUCUGUCUUGGGCAACAGUUCGCUUACAACGAGAUGUCAUUCAUGCUCAUCCGCCUCCUCCAAUCUUUCUCUUCUAUCACUCUCCACCCAGAAGCGCAGCCCCACAUACUCUUCCGCCUGACUGGGCUCAGGCAUUCUGGCCGAAAGUACAUUUGA